AUGAGAGAUAAGUGGAACCAAAACAAACUACUACCCGACCACCUGUUAGAAGAAUGGAAUACACAACCAAUACCUAACUACCACCACCGGGGGGAAUUCCGCCCCCCUCCCAAAAUUGCGAAACUUACCCUUACAGAAGCAAAAAAGGUAUUUCGAAUUCGAUGUCAAACCACCCGAAUCGACAAACAUGCAGUGCAUACAGACCCCGAACCAUGCCAGUGUGGUAUGGAAAACUCAGCGAAACACGCACUUAUGGAAUGCCCAGCGUGGGCUCGAAUCCGCGCCCCUCUGAUAGAGAAAAUCCCCGGAGCGAUGACCUGGGAAAACUGGAUGUUCACAAACCUGAAUACGGACCUCAUCCUACAAUUUGCAAAGAAAUCUCAACUCUCGAAAUGGUACGAGCCGGUGGAGGCGGAGGCGGACCUGGAAGAGGGGAUGGAAGAAAAUGAUUAG